CUUUAUCACUUGCAAGUUCCAACUCCAGCUGCGAACUUAACAACAAACACACACGCACGACCGCUCACAUAGAGCUUGUGUGAGAGAAGAGAGAGUAGGAGUCUAGGAGGAUGAUGGAGAGGGCCGAGGACUUAGGGCUCAGCCUCAGUCUCAGCUCAUCGCUUGCUCCUCGCACUCACCAUGUCGCCAUGCUGCUCCACGCUCCAGAGAGGAGAUUUCUGGAGAUGCCGCUGCUCCCUGCAAAGCGGAGCGAGGUCCCUGGCGCCGAUGAUUCCAGCCUGCGCGGCGGCAGCGACGAUGAGGACGGCGGCUGCGGUGUAGAUGGUUCCCGGAAGAAGCUCCGGCUGUCCAAGGACCAGUCCGCCGUGCUCGAGGAUAGCUUCCGGGAGCACCCGACUCUAAACCCGAGGCAGAAGGCAGCCUUGGCGCAGCAGCUCGGUCUGCGUUCACGGCAGGUGGAGGUGUGGUUCCAGAACAGACGCGCAAGGACGAAGCUGAAGCAGACGGAGGUGGACUGCGAGUUCCUGAAGCGCUGCUGCGAGACGCUGACCGAGGAGAACCGGCGGCUGCAGAAGGAGGUGCAGGAGCUCCGUGCGCUCAAGCUCGUCUCGCCGCACCGCUACAUGCACAUGUCCCCGCCCACCACCCUCACCAUGUGCCCCUCCUGCGAGCGCGUCUCCAACAAUAACAGCAGCAACUCCACCGCCGCUGCAACCGACCGCCGAAACGCCGUCGACGGGGGCGCCAUCUGCCACCGCCCGAUCGCCAUCCGGCCGCAGCAGUCAUGAUCCACAGCGUAGCUACGUCUGCCCACUAGCUAGUUAAUCGUAGUGUACUAGCUAGACAGUACACCAUGCAUGUCAAAGGUAGCCAACAGUUUGCACAUUUAUUCCCGCAAAACUGUUGCAGCCCAUAUCGAUCGUUCUUGAUUUUCUUUCUUUGAUGGGAAGACGAUUAUUAGACGGAGAAGUACUAAUGUGUCAAGUGCAGUAGAACAGCAGGAGCUUCAGCUCAUGUCAUGAGCUGGGUGUAGGGGAAUAUUUAGCUGGUCCUUAGAGAAAGUUGGAUAUGGUGGGAUACGGGUGUAGGGGAGGUGGGGUGCAAGGUGAUGGCACGGCGGUUUGUUCUGUCUCUUUGCCUGAUGAUGACGGCGAUGAUGAGAUAGGUGAUUACUUGGUUCUGUUGGA